AUGGCAGACACUCCAAAGAAGAUCCUAAAGGUCUAUGACCAGGGUGGUGCCUACAAGACAAUGGUGGUCGAACCAAAGACUACCUCAGCAGAGGUCUGCGAGAAGCUUGGCAAGAAGCUAUUCAUGAAGAAUGGUGUUGGCCUCUUCAAUCUAUUCGUAUUUGAAGGUGGAGUACGCCAAUCACUUAGGAUGACAGACUUCCCUUAUGAGACUAUAUUGAGACUGGAGAAGAGAGACUUUAAGUUCUACUUCUUGAAUAUUAAUGGAGAGUUUAUGAACUUUGAUAAUCAGACAGCUGGCUCAUCGAUGAAUGUUGUCAACUCGGCACAGGGCGGCUCAAUGAGCCAACAACAACGUGCAGCCGUCUCCAACACAUCGGGCUCACCAUCACUCACCAGUGCCUACCCGACCGCCUAUGGCUCUGGUGCGCCAGGCUCACCGGCCAUGGCGUCUCAGCAGGCACCAGUGUCGUCCGCCCCAUCCGGCCCACGAGGCAUGAAGGGCUACCUGCUCAGGAAGAAGGCUGGCAAGUUCUUCAAGGUGUGGGCCGUCACAUCGGGCAAUCACCUGAUGUUCUACUCGUCCGAGGAGGACACCGAGCCACAGAUCGAGCUGUUGAUGGAGAAUGCCGUCAUCGACCUCAAGGCCAGCGAGCAAGGCCCCUACAUCCUCAUCACGCUCUCCAAUUCAGAGCGCCACACACUCAUGUCAGAGAAUCAGAGCGAGUUGCAGUCGUGGGCCACAGAGCUGGCCGCCACCACCGCCUAUACGGGCGGCAACUCAACAUCGCGCGGCCACGCCCCAUCACAAAUGUCCUUUGUGCCUUCGUCCAAGGACCUGACCACCAAGCUGGCGGCCAAGGUAGAGAACCCAGAGACAUUGUCCGCGACAUUGGUGCGCUGGACAGAGUAUGUUGUGGGUCGUCGCUCCGGUCUGCAACACAGCAGAAACAUCGCUGCCUGCUACAAUGAUGGCAGCGUCCUGGUCAAUGUGAUCGACGCAUUGUUUGACCGCCAGGUCAGAUAUCGCAAGGGCAAGACAGUGUACGACAGUCAAAGCAAUGUGGAGGCGGUGCUCGAGGGCCUCAAGUCACUGGGAUGUGACUAUGGCAAGAUCCUGCCCAACGACAUUAUAGAGUGUAAGGUGCCAAGGACCGUCACAAGACUGCUCUGGUCCAUCUUUGUGGCCUUUGUCACCAAUGGUGAGAAGGAGUACGUCCUCAAGGACAAGCUUGUUGGAUGGUGCGGUCGCAAGGUUCAAGAGGUCAACAGAUCAGUCAUCGUCGAUGGACCAUCCGCACUAUUCAAUCCCCUGGCAUUUGCCUACCUCAUCUCACGUUACCAAUCACACCUUAUCAAUGUAGAUUCACUCGCCAGUAGAUCAAGAAUUGAACAAGCACAGACUAUAUUGGACAUUGCACAUACACACCUUGGUAUUCCAAAGAUAUUGGACGCCAACUGCUGGCAGGAGGACGUGGCCGACGACAAGUCGUUCAUGGUCUACCUCUCAUUCUUUUAUUUCAAGUUGUCUGGCGAGGCAGAGGACAGGAAUAGACUGCUGUCAGCAUGCGCGAUGGAUAAGCCCGCCAUGGAGCCAACAGAGAUCACCACCAACACCAGACCAUUGCCAAGCGCACCAGGUGCCCCAAGCGCCAAGUCAUUCGCACCCAAGCCCUCUGCUGGUGGCGUGAAACCUGCGCCUGGACCUGGCAGGCCAAUGGCUGCUGCACCAAACGGUGCCGUGUCAAGACCACCUGCGCCAGACCCCAGCGCAGCCAACUCCAGACCACCUGCACUUGGCGCACCAAUUAGCAAGCCAGCUGGCAAGCCAAUGGCCAAGCCUCUUGCCAAACCAAUGGCCAAGCCAAUGGCUAAGCCUGGUGCCAAGCCAGUGCCCGCUGCACGCGCACCAAUGGACGACCCAGAGAAGGCUGCAAAGGAGAGAGCAAGAAAGGAGGCUGAGGAGAAGGCCGAGCGAUUGGCCCAUCAGCUGGAGCUUGAGAUGUUGGAGAAUGAGCGCGAGGACUUUGACUUUUUGGAGGAGGAAGAGAGGAGAAAGAAGGAGGAUCGCGACGAGAUGGCACAGCUUAUGGAGCUGGAGCGUAUGCAACGCGAAGAGUUUGAGAGAGAAGAGGCCGCCAAGAGGCAGGCACAGGAGCAACGACAGAGACAGCAGCAGCAACAACAACAACAGCCAAAGCAACCACAGAUGAAGCAACAACCUAGACAACUGCCACAGCAGCCACAACAAUCAAGACCGAAACAAGCAGCGCCAUCUCAACCAAUCGUCAAGUCGACGUCCAUCGACGAUCUGGAGGACGAGCUGGACAUGAUCAUGAGGAAGGAGCAAGAGGAGAACCAGAGGUUCAUGGAGAUGAUGGGCAUGGUUACGCCAUCCACAUCAACAUCAUCCUCAUCGAUGUAUGAUUCGCCACCACCCUUGGGUUCGGCGCCAUCAUCCAACUCUUACUCCAACUCCAACUCCAAUGCCAACUCAUACAAGCCCACGCCAGCGCCAGCGGCUGCACCACCAAAGAGGGUUCUCAAUGAGCGUGACUCGAUUAUGUCUGUGUUUGACAAGCUGGAUGAGGAGCUCUCAUUCAUUCAUCACACUCCAUCAGCCAAGGCACAGCAGCAGCAGCCACAGUACGACCCAUAUGGCUUCGCCCAGCAAUCCGGCGGCUCGCAGCCAUCCAGCAAACCAACCAGUCCCCGCCCAUCCGAGCACAGCAUCAUGCAAAAGGCCUCCUCAAUAUCUAUACCUGCGCCACCACCUGCCCCCGAGCCCGAGCGCGUGCCAUCACCACCUCCACAGCAACAAACACCACAACCUCAGGCGCCACCACCUCAACAAACACCACAACCUACACCAGAGAGCAGAGGCAAGGUUGUCGUGCGUAUAUGUCUGGAAGGCUUUGGAGAUGUGCUGUUCUGUUCGUUCGCCAUUGGCUAUGACACGCUCUGUGGCAACGUGCGCCAGAUGGUGCUCAAGAAGAUGAAGGUGGCCAAGGAGUUUGAACAAGAGUACAGUCUGUACAUUGUGCGCGAUGGUCUGGAGCGAGUUCUGGACGACGACGAGGUGCUGCUAGAGGCCGAGGACAAGAUCGACCGAUUCGUCUUCAAGGUGUCCGACAACUUUGAUCGCAAGUCAAUGCUGUCCUCUCACAGAGGAUAA